CACAAACCUGAAGAAACAUGGCGGGCAUCGGAGCAUUCCUAAAAAAUGCAUGGAGCAAGGAGCCUGUAAUCACAGCCUCUUGUGGGAUCGGAUUAUUAGCGGUUAUAUUUCCAUUCGUGAGCCCAUAUACCAAGUACUCUGGCAUGAUCAACAGAGCAACGCCAUACAACUAUCCAGUCCCAGUCCGAGAUGAUGGGAACAUGCCAGAUGUCCCCAGUCACCCAAGUGAUCCCCAGGGCCCAAAUCUGGACUGGCUGAAGAACUUCUAAGGUUCCUGACACUGAUUCUUGUACAGAUCUCCUCAUGUCUCACCCUCCCGCUGUCUAAGUGUUAUUGACUCGAUGAUGCUGAAUAAAUGUCAUUUAUUUAAAUACA